AGGUGAUGUCAAAACCAUAUGACCGGUGACGUCAUGUGACAAAUUGUGUUUAAGCAAUCUAAAAAUAGACCCGAAGCGACUGACAGAAAGUGACUAAUAUUUUAAGCUACAAAAUCGAGGUAUAUAAAAGGAUUUUAACACACAGUAAUCAAUAACUAAACUCAAAAUGUCAAGACUGUAUCCUACCCUUGAAGAUAUGCGUGUCGAUCAGAUGCAGACGGCACAAAUUAAUCAUGAAAGAGCCAUCACAGGUGGAAAUGCACCAGAAGCUUUACAGUACCCCCAGCCACCAAGUUAUGGUGGGUCAGCUCCAUCAACACCAGUAGGAAAUGCCCUCUACCCAUCCCUCACAGACUACAUGGGGCUUCAGAUAACACCACAGAUGAUGCAGGAAAUGCAAGUUGUACCAUCUCAGGGCUUGCAAGUUGGCAUCAGACAAACUCAAUCUGGACAGACACAGAUUGCACCAAUCACAGGAAAUAAUUUGGCACUAGCCAGAGCUGAAAUAAAAUCUGGAAUCAGAGAAGUGGUGUUUUGCAAAAAUCAAGAUGGCAAGUUGGGUCUGCGUAUCAGACAUGUAAACAACGGUCUUUUUGUAGCCUUUGUCCAAGCUGGGUUUCCAGCAGCUCUAGCUGGAUUAAGAUUUGGUGACCAGAUCCUGCAGAUUAAUGGGAAGACAGUUGCAGGCUGGGACAAUGACAAAGCACAUAAUUUCCUGAAGAAAGCUGAUGCCCAGAGAAUUGAAAUGGCUGUUAGAGAUAGGCCUUUUGAACGUACAAUUACAAUGCAAAAAGACAGCAAUGGAUUUGUUGGUUUUGUUUUCAAGGACGGUCGCAUUAAAUCAUUAGUCAAAGACUCCUCUGCAGCUCGCAAUGGGCUUUUAACUGACCAUCAGUUGAUUGAAAUUGGAGGCCAAAAUGUUGUUGGGUUAAAGGACAAAGAAAUUGGUGAAAUUAUUGAUGCAUCAGGAAGAACUAUCACUGUCACAGUUAUGCCUUGCUUUAUUUAUGAUCACAUCAUUAAGUGUAUGGGCAACAGUAUUGUUAAAAAACUGAUGGAUCACUCCAUUCCUGAUCUUUAAACAAGAUAAUGAACUUCGACGACCGCAAUUAACUAACAAGUGCAUAAUGGACUAAAACACACAUACCAUUUGAAUAAUUUUUUUUUCAAUUAAGGUUUUUUGGGUUUCCUUUAAUAAGGAAUUAUAAACAUUAAUUAAAAAUACUUCUAAUGCCUUGUCCAUGAAAAUAUGUCUAUGAAAAGUGUUUCUAAUUUAAGUCAGAUAGUUGUGCCAUAAGAAAAACAAAAGGUGAUAAAAACAUAACAUCACAAUCUUAUUUAUUAACAAGAAAAUUUCUGUGUACCAGCAUUUCACAUUUUCAGCAAAAAGUAAAUAUUUUUCUAUUAUUCAAUGAAACUGUUUUUUAACUUCAUUAUAUUGUGAAAUUUAAAUGUUCAAUUCAUGUAGGUUAGUGGGGGAUUUGUUAUACUGCUUUAAACUUGCUUUAUUUUCCUGUUCUUCUUACUUAGUGAGCUUAACUGUAGACUGCACAUAUUGUCAUCAUCCUUGUAUUUGAAAACAACUUGCGAAUAUCAGAAAUUUCCUAUGAUUUUUGUAAUAUAUGUUCAUUAUAUUUACUUUUUUUGUGUACAUAUUUAAAUAUUGUUGUAAAUAAAAAUUUUAAUGUUGUUCAAUGUUUAAAAAACGCAUUUUACUUUAUUCAAAGUAACCCUUACGAUACAAUUUGGAAAUAAAUUUUAACAUGUUUGCACUAGUUUUACAUUUUGACUUGUUUUAGUAAUCCAUUUUCUUAGGAAUAAAAAGUAAAAAAUGGUUUUGUGAAUUGUACUAAAGCCAAUAUGUGACUAUCAACCUCCUAUAUAGUGUUGAAUAUUGAUUAACUUGCAAUGGAUCCUUAUGAUGCAGGGUAAAAUUCAAAGGGUUAAAUUUUAAGCAUGAAAAAAAAAUUGCUUAUACAUUACUAAUAGCAGGUAUGGCUAAUUUAGACCACUUAGAUUUUCAUGUAAUAAUUCUUAAUUGAAAUUCACAAUGCCUAAGGAUUAUAAAAAUUUAUACUUUGAGAUAGUAAAACUUUUUCCCAGAAGUAAUAAAUGUCGUUAAUAUAUCAAUAUAUAAAAAUAGUCUUUUUGUACAUAAAAUUUAAUUUUUAAAUGUAUUCUUUCUUAAUUGAAAAAAUAAUUGUCUGAAGGAGAUGUAUUAGGCAGCUAUCUCUCUAAUUCUUACUACUAAACAGUUUUUGAAGUAAAGAUAAAUCAUUACAUUUCACUAUGUUUUUGCUAAAAUAAUCGUGAAACAACUUUAGUCCCUAAAGUUUUAGUUAGGUAAUCAACAUUAAAAAGUUGUGAUUUUUGUUUUAUAUUUUAUUCAAUUUUCUUUUGAAGCUUUUAUUUACCAAUUAUGAAAAAUAUACUUCUGUAUGUGAACUUCUAUACCCGAUUAGCUGAGUUUUAAAAAUAUUUGCUGUAAUUCUUUUAAUAAAUAGUCACACAAUAUUCAUACAGUGCACAAAUGCAGCAAGUCUAUUUAAAAAUGCUACCCAGUAAUAAAAUGGUUUGUCAAAUUAAAAUUGUCAAAAUUUCUUAUUCUGACCUUAAAUCUUUUUUGGCAUUUAUGUAUUCAAGAAAUAAUAAUUGUGACUGGCCUGUUUAACAUAAAACAGCAUUAUUUUUGUUGUUAAAAAUUGGUUUGACAGAAUUGAAUGGGAUGCCAUCCCAUUCUCCUAAUAUGAAGUAUCUGUGAUAAAAAUCCUUGUAGUCUGGUACAAUUUAAAACUAACAUUUUCUUAAAUCUGGUCCACACCUGGUAACAUAUUUCUAAUUUCAUCACCAUUUAACAUAUUUUUUGCAUUCAUAACCGAUUUAAAAUGAAAGUUUCAUUUUGUUUCAAGUGUUAUAAUUUCAGUACAUAUUUUAACAAUUUACAAUCUAAUUUUUUGUAUUGUCUUGAACUGUUUAGGUCACACUCAAAAAUCUAUACAAUAAUUCCAUGUCUGUUUCCUGUAGCUCUGUAGUGCAGUUUCUAGCUUCUAGUAUUAGUGAUUUUAGUUCUUUUGCUUUUUUGUUUAUGGAAAAAUAAAAGUAUUCAUCUCAGUUUCAGUAA